CUAUUACAUUAUUAUAAGGUAAUCAAUUCAGAACAAAUGAUUUGGGAAUAUGAUGAUAGUAACUUAUGAUUUCAUUGAUUGAAUGUCAAAUGUGUGUCUCAAAUAAAAGUGUGUAUCUAUGAAAGAUAUUGAUAUAGCAUAUGUCUAUGACAAUGUGUGGUAACUUAGCCAUUCUUCCCCUUGUCUUCAGAUGUCUACUACAAAGAAGCAUCGAGCCAUGGGGUCUGAGGAGUGGGUGGCGCGCCUGAAGGCAUUUGCCUGUUCUGGCACUUGGCCCUCCGGUGCAGGGAACAGGCCAUCUCCCAAACAGGGCAAGUGGCACAACCUCUACCAGAAGGUAACCUUUGCCCCAACAGUCAACCAAAACUCCAAAGUGAACCGAUUGUGUCCGUAAGUAAAUCAUGCAUUUUAAUUCAUUACAGAUUGAGAAGUGUCCCAUGAUGCUGCGUGGGCAGACCUCAAUCUUGAGGGUAGCGCAGACAUGUUCCUGUGGCUUUCACCCUCGGCAGUCUGUGAGUAGUCCUGCAGCAUCCAGGCCAGCUACCUCAGCCUCCACUUCAGCUGCCUCAGCCUCCACCUCAGCGGCGCCUGUACAGAGCCCUGGGAGGCCUGCAUUGACGCUGUCAAUGUUUGAUAAAGCGCGGUUCGGCAGGACUUUGUCUGCGGCAGCCAGGCCUAAUGUCAACGUGACCAGGAAGCAUGUCGAGCGUCCCCCCAGCCCUGCCACUACCCCAGCUGGGAGAAGCACUCCCUCCGCUACCCCACCUCCAGCGACGCCCCCUUCCAGUCCGAGAUACAUUAGGCCCGUCUCCCCUUUCUCUCUGCCCCCAUCCAGCCCUGUAAUGUCCUCUGUGAGGACCGGCUCGUCCCCUCUGGUUGCAUCAGAUAGGAGUCUUGCUCCCCCUGGUCCUGUCCCUGCUCCGCCUGGUCCCGUCCCUGCUCCGCCUGGUCCCGUCCCUGCUCCCCCUGCUCCCCUCCCUGCUCCCCCUGGUCCCGUCCCUACCCCUCCUUGUACUUCUUCAUUUCUGGGUCCGGCUCCACAACAGUUCUGGCUACCAGCAGAAAUGAAGAAGACCAUUCCCCAGCAAGACCAGCGCUGGAUUGCAUCCACGCUGUGGAGGAACCAGCGGCUGCGCCCAGACCUACAGCUCUGGUAUGAGCCACCGGUGCCAGGCCUGAUCUACAAUCAGGUCCCGUCACCAGAUCGUUUUUUUACGCACCGGCUCCUGGUGUGGAUGCCCUACCACCUUUGGAAGGUGAGGCUGUCCUGCCCAAAGUGUGGGAAGCAGCUCACCGGGGCCGGCAUGCACAAGAGGGCACGGCAGGUCCUGGACGUGGACAGGUACUACCUGAUGGUGACGGAGACCCUCAGGUGCAACGCCCUCGGUUGCGUCACCAAUUACCUGUCCACGAGCCAGACCGUCCUGGACCAGCUGAGCCUGCCUCUCCGUGGGGAGUUCCGCCUCAUCCUGACACGCAAGUAUGCGUGUGACAUCCGCGUCAUCAGGAUGCUACGGGAGAGGACCCUCGGCAACAGCUCUACCCUCCUAGCCAAACAGCUGCGGGAGAACCACGGCGAGGAGUGGCUGCAGCGUGUGGCCCGCUACCUGGAGGUGUGUGCCGACUUUGUGGACCAGCCGAGUCUCUUCCCUGUGGUCUGUCAGGAGCCCCCCGAGCCUGUGGCUGUCCCGACCAACAGGUGGCUCCUGACCGUGUACGGGAAGGACUUGAUGAGCCGUAUGGACCACAUCAAGGCCAGCAUCACCUGA